AUGUUCCGUACCCAAACGCAGUACAAAAUUGAUCCUGACACCGGCCGAAACGCUCUCUGUUACAGCAUCGUCACGAUUCAAUCAAUCAGUCGACUGUUACUCCUUAAUCCUUAUAACAUUGAACGGCUUAAGGAGCUUGUUGAGUAUGGUCCUCAUCCUCCUCCUGGUAAAACUAGAGCCAAGCAUAUUAUCACGGACGAUGGUCAAAGGCUUGAUCUUCGUUACUUGAAGAAAAGCGGUGAUCAUCAUCUGGAGUUUGGAUACAAGCUGGAGAGGCAAUUGAAUGAUGGAGAUUUUGUGCUUUUCAAUCGACAACCGAGUCUGCAUAAGAUGUCUAUAAUGGGGCAUAGGAUUAAGAUCAUGCCAUACUCCACCUUCUGGUUAAAUCUAUCUGUCACUUCACCAUACUUCACUUGA